AUGGAUCCUCAUGAGAAGCACGUCUCGACGACUGAAUAUCAUUCAGAGCCUCACUCUGCUCCCGAAGCAGCAGCCCUCCCACACGGCUGGAAACACAAGCCGAUCUUUCGCAAUCUGCCUCACUAUGCCUCUCCUCAGGUUCAGCUCACGAUUGUGGCAUUCGUGUGCUUUCUCUGCCCUGGUGAGUCCGUUCAGGCAACGUAUAGAACGUAUACGUCGUGGGGCGUUCGCUGCAUUCUUGGAAAAAUCAUGGCCGCUAUUGACAAAGUCUAGGCAUGUUCAACGCCCUUAAUGGCCUUGGCGGCGCCGGUCAAGUCAGCGACAAUGUCUACAUCAGCGCGAAUGGCAACAGUGCUCUCUACGCGACCUUUGCGGUGGUUGGAUUCUUUGCAGGAAGUGUAACGAGUCAGUACAGCUACAAUUAUUCCUCCUCUCUUCCUCCGAUAUCUGCUGACAUAGCCCUAGAUGCGCUUGGUGUGAAACCCGCUCUGUGCUUUGGCGGCAUAGGAUAUUCGAUCUAUGUCUCUUCGUACAUCUGCUAUUGGUACACGAAGAACACAGGAUACGUUAUCUUCUCCGGUGCCCUGCUGGGCGCCUGUGCAGGCGUGCUUUGGAGCGCACAAGGACAGAUUAUGAUGUCCUAUCCUCCUGAAGCCGCGAAGGGUCGAUACAUUUCUGCAUUUUGGGCUAUCUUCAACCUUGGAGGUGUCAUUGGAAGCUUGGUAUGGAGCAUGAGCUGCGACACAUAGAGAGGAGGGGAGGCAAGAAGCUGACCACGUCCAGGUUCCCCUCGCACAAAACAUACAUGGGUCAAGUACCGGCGGAGUAAAUGUGGGAACCUACAUCGGCUUUCUCGUCCUCACCUUUGCUGGCGCAUGCUUAGCUUGGAUUCUCGUGGACGCCAGACAAGUCGUGCGAACCGACGGGUCCCGCAUUAUCCUUAUGAAGAAUCCUACCUGGAAGUCCGAGCUAAUGGGCCUAUGGGAGACCCUCUUCACGGACCCAUAUAUCCUAUGCCUAUUCCCCAUGUUCUUUGCCUCCAACUGGUUCUACACCUAUCAAUUCAACGAUGUCAAUCUAUACUUCAAUGUACGCACCAGGGCUUUGAACGACGUUCUCUACUGGCUAGCCCAAAUCUUUGGAGCGAUUAUCUUUGGUUAUGGUCUGGAUUCGACGAAGCUUCGACGUACGUCUCGUGCCAUCAUCGCUUGGUUUGCACUUCUGGCCCUGACAUUCGGUGUCUGGGGCGGAGGUUAUGUCUUUCAAAGAGGCUACACUCGAAAUGAUAUCGAUAAGAAUGGUCACGUCGGUGGUGGCGGCGACUGGAACGACGACGGUUAUGUUGGACCGAUGUUCUUGUACAUCUUCUACGGGUUCUAUGAUGCAGCGUGGCAGACUUGCGUCUACUGGUAAGCCCCACCUCCAAAUGCACACCUCGCCUCAUGUUGACUUUCAUCAGGUUCAUGGGAGCUUUGACAAACAACGGUCGAAAGCUCGCCAACUUUGCUGGAUUCUACAAAGGUAUUCAGUCCGCAGGAGCUGCCAUUGUCUGGCGCCUUGAUGCCCUCGACGUUCCAUACAUGAACUUGUUUGCUUCUUGUUGGGCGCUACUCGCGGCAAGCCUUAUCAUUGCGGCACCCGUGAUGGUCUGGAAGAUCAAGGACACUGUCUCUCUGGAAGAAGAUCUCAGAUUCACCGACGAAACGGCUGAAGAUGUGAUACCACGGGCGAUCCCGACGGGGAAGCACGGACAUAUCGACGAUUUUGCGGACAGGGAUGCUGUGUGA